UUUGAUUCCCAUCAGAGAGGUGGCGUAGCGUCUGCGACGAGAGAUUUGUUUUGAAAUGGCACGUCAGCAGGGAGAGGUAGACGAAUUAUUUGAUGUCAAAAAUUCAUUUUAUAUUGGAAACUAUCAACAGUGUAUAAAUGAAGCUCAGAAACUUAAGGUGUCAAAUCCAGCAUUGCAGACUGAGCGUGACUCCUUCUUGUACAGAGCUUACAUAGCACAAAAGAAGUAUCGUGUUGUUAUCGAUGAAAUCAGUGCAGCAUCUCCUGCUGAACUACAGCCAUUGAAAGUACUUGCUGAAUAUUUCAGUGACAAACAUAAAAGACUUUCAAUCGUAACAAAGUUAGAUGAUCAAACAUCUGGCAACAUAGAUCCCAAAAAUGUGAAUUUCAUAAUAUCAGCAGCAACUAUAUAUUAUGAAGAAGAAAACUUUGAUUCAGCUCUGAGAAUCUUGCAUAAUACAGAUCAUUUGGAAUGCUCAGCACUUAUGCUGCAGAUAUACCUAAAAAUGGAUCGCCCAGAUCUUGCACAAAAAGAAUUGAAAGUCAUGCAGGAGAAGGAUGAUGAUGCUACUUUGACUCAAUUGGCACAGGCAUGGGUUAAUAUCUACAUGGGUGGUGAAAAGUUGCAAGAGGCGUACUACAUAUUCCAAGAAAUGUGUGACAAAUAUGUGAGCACACCUUUAUUGCUAAAUGGUCAGGCUGUCUGCUUUAUUGGCAUGGCAAAAUAUGAGGAAGCAGAUGCAGCAUUGCAGGAAGCAUUGGAAAAAGACAGCAAUCAUCCUGACACACUUAUUAACUUGAUUGUUCUGUCACAACACAUGUCCAAACCAGAAGAGGUGAGCAACCGCUACUUGAGCCAGCUGAAAGAUUCUCAUACAGAUCACCCAUUUGUGAAAGAUUACUUUCAAAAAGAAGCAGAAUUUGACCGGUUAGCGCAGCAGUUUGCACAAGAAUAUGCAACUCCUUCAUAAUGUUAUAUGUUUAUAAUAAAUUGAUUUAAAAAUAUGAAUUUGAAUAAAUUUGUACAUAAACAGCAAAAA